CGCGCCAUGGUGAUCCGGGCGGAGACGAUGCGGCUUCUUCCUGAAUUGCACGAGAAGAACAGUCUCUUUUGUUGAUGAUUGAAAUGUUCGUCGCCUAUUGAUUCUUGGCAUCCAGUUAAGUGUUUCAUGAAAAAAGAUGAAUCUGUGUACUAACGACAUUGUUCUUCGUCGAUUCUUGAUGGCGGUGUGGCCAUUUCGUCCUCGCGUUGGUUGCGGAAAAGGGAGAAUUAGUUAAGACGGUCCUUUGCAGAAUAGACCAGAUCACCAGAACGGCUGUGAUGGUGGUUAGAAGAUUUAGGGUGGGAAUUGGGGGCAUCAUUGCGGAUGUGGCCAUCAGUAGCGGUGUUGCACUGCUCUAACACUGGAGGAAUUGCCAAGUUAGUAUGUGGGUGGUUCAAUUCGUGCAAUUGGUACCCGUACCUUCUUCUUUGCAGCUGGGAUUUUGGUAGAUCUGGAGGGAAGGGAAUGAUGUUUCUUGAUCUGGCUUCGUCGCAUUUGGGGAAAUGGGGUCACUGUUGGUUAUGCUUGACUUCGUGGAUGCGAUGGAUAUGCCGUUCCUCAAUGCAUAUUUGGAUUCUGUUGGUGCACCUAACUUACGCGCGGGCGUUAAUUUUGCUCAAGCUGGCUGUUCAAUUACUCCAGCAACUGCAACAUCCGUCAGUCCAUUUUCCUUUGGUCUUCAGAUUAAGCAAUUCCUUGCAUUCAAGGACAAAGUUACUAAGCUUCUAUCUAAAGGAGAUAGGUACAGAAGAUAUAUUCCUCAGGUGGAUUACUUUUCACAUGGACUUUACAUGUUUGAUGUAGGUCAAAAUGACCUUGCUGGUGAAUUCUACUGGAAAUCAGAGGACCAAGUUGCCGCAUCCAUUCCAACUAUUUUGUUAGAAUUUGAAACUGGGCUCAAGAAAUUAUACGAGCAAGGUGCCAGGAAAUUCUGGAUUCACAACACAGGUCCUCUUGGCUGCUUACCUCAAAACGUAGCUUUUUUUGGCAAAGACCCAUCCCAGCUGGAUGAACUUCAUUGUGUAGCAAAGCACAAUCGUGUUGCAAAGCUUUUCAACUUACAGCUGCAUGCACUUUGUACAAAGUUAAGAGGUGAACUCGCUGGGUCUAGCAUCACUUAUGUUGACAUCUACACCAUCAAGUACAGCCUGAUCGCUAAUUACUCUCGUUAUGGGUUCGAGAAUCCCAUCCAAGCAUGCUGUGGAUAUGGCGGACCACCCUUGAACUACGACAGUAAAGUACCUUGUGGACAGACAGUGUCUCUGGAUGGUAAUCUUGUAACGGCAAAAGGGUGCAAGGACAGCACAGAAUUUGUCAACUGGGAUGGAAUACAUUACACGGAAGCUGCAAAUUUCCACAUCGCAUCGCAGAUUCUUACAGGGAGAUACGCUGACCCUCCAUUUGCUGACAAGAUGCCGUUCCUCAUAAAACCGAAGUUCUAAUGAGCGAAUAUUUAUUUUCGCUUUAAUGAACCACUGAGAUGAUGUAUUGAUCAAAAACAUUGUAUUUUUUAUUACUUGUCAAUAGAUAAUAAUCACAUAUAGCUUAUUUCAGUUGUCCAUA